GUCCUGAGAACAACUUUGAAGAAGCGAAACUUCUUCCCUGCUGUCGAGAAAGAACUAGUGAUGUUGCUAGAAGGCUGGUGGAUUAGGCCCUGGCUAGUAGCUCUGAACCCUUUGUGGACUCAGAGGAUGAAACGUGAAGUUUUCUGUGGACAUUGAGAUCUCAGUGCCUCUCUGCUCAUGGCAGAUGUACUUCAAGUCCAGCGGGCUCACAUGUGUGAGCCCAUUAUAAGGCUGCGGUACAUGGUGAAACAGCUGGAGACAGGUGAAGUGGAUAUUGUGGAAUUGAAGAAGAACUUGGAAUAUACUGCUUCGUUGCUUGAAGCUGUCUACAUCGAUGAGACCAGGCAGAUUCUGGACACGGAAGAUGAGCUCCAGGAGAUCAAAUCAGAUGCAGUGCCCUCAGAGGUGCGGGACUGGCUGGCCUCCACCUUCACCCAGCAGACACGUGCCAAGGGACGCCGUUCAGAGGAGAAGCCCAAGUUCCGCAGCAUUGUCCAUGCUGUGCAAGCCGGCAUCUUCGUUGAAAGGAUGUUCCGGCGGACGUACACAGCUGUGGGGCCCAACUAUUCCCCUUCAGUCAUCAACUGCUUGAAGACUCUCGAUCUCUGGUGUUUUGACGUGUUUGCACUGAACAAGGUGAGCGAGGAUCACGCCUUGCGCACGAUUGUCUUUGAACUGCUCACCCGCCACAACCUUAACAGCCGCUUCAAGAUCCCCACAGUGUACCUCAUGACCUUCCUAGAUGCACUGGAGGCCGGCUAUGGGAAAUACAAGAAUCCUUACCACAACCAGAUACACGCCGCUGAUGUCACCCAGACCGUACACUGCUUCCUGCUUCGUACUGGCAUGGUGCACUGCCUGACGGAGAUUGAGAUCCUGGCUAUUGUCUUUGCAGCCGCAAUCCACGACUAUGAGCACACGGGUACCACCAACAGCUUCCACAUCCAAACCAAGUCCGAUACGGCCAUUUUGUACAACGACCGUUCCGUGCUGGAGAACCACCAUAUCAGCGCCGUCUUCCGUAUGAUGCAGGAUGAUGACAUGAAUAUCCUAGUCAACCUGAACAAAGAUGAAUUUAUGGAACUCCGGUCACUCGUGAUUGAAAUGGUUCUGGCGACGGACAUGUCCUGCCACUUCCAGCAAGUCAAGACUGUGAAAACCUCCCUGCAGCAGCUUGAACGGAUCGACAAGGCAAAAGCUCUUUCCUUGUUGCUGCACGCAGCGGACAUCAGCCAUCCCACCAAACAAUGGACGGUGCAUUCCCGAUGGACCAAGGCGCUCAUGGAAGAGUUCUUCCGACAGGGGGACAAAGAGGCUGAGCUGGGGCUGCCCUUCUCCCCACUGUGUGAUCGUACCUCCACGCUGGUGGCCCAAUCGCAGAUCGGUUUCAUUGAUUUCAUUGUGGAGCCCACCUUUGCAGUUCUGACCGACGUGGCCGAGAAGAUGGUGAUUCCCUUGGUGGAAGAAGGCUCCAAGAACAAGACCUCUGGCCAACAGAGCAGCUCCCAUUGGCGCCAGCCCUCUGUGGAUGAGCAUGCUGAGCUGGGAGACAUCAACGCCGACAUCAACAGCUUCCGCUCCACUUGGUCGAAGUACAUCCAAGAGAACAAACAGAAGUGGAAGGAGCGAGCAGCCAGCGGAAUCACAAACCAGACAUCCAUCGAUGAGCUCUCGCCAUGUGAGGAGGAGGCGAGCACGCCCGAAAGCCAGCACAAUCAGAAUGGCAAUGUGGAAUAGCGCUGCCUGUGUGGGAACAAGGUCCCCAACGCAGUUGAACUCCAAAGUCUUCGAUACCAUCGACUCAGCACCAUCCGCACAGGGAGGGAGCCCCCCUGGCUCGAGAAGGGUGUGACAUGAAUGCGACCAUCAAUCCAACUAGUAAUAAUCUCAAUAAUGAUAAAUGCAAAACGUUAGAGUCAACGAUGUCGACAUCACACAGCACCCACUGCCUGCCCCAUCCCUGAGUUGCAGAGAACGAGAAUGAGAGAACCUCUUCCCACCUCCCCUGUACGACUUCCUUCACCAAGCACUAGUGGCCCAAUGGCCUUGGUGGCACGGUGGCACUGACCCCCCCCCCUCCCCUCACUUUUGCCAAACAGCCUAGGUAAGGCUUCUCACUGCCAAGCCAGCAAAGUGACUGCCGAGGCAAUUGCUGCAGCUGGUUUUUUAAAAACAUUGGUUAAAAUCGUGCUUCAUUAACUGAGGGGGUAACCGAGUCUGUCGGUUUCGGGGGAAGACUCCUGUAUGGUCAGAGUGAAUCCCAGAUGGCGCUGGAGCUGGUCUAAAUUAAUAGCCUCCCCCCCCCCUCCCUGGAGCUUCCUGCAAGGAGUACCUCUGCGAGAUCCCUACGCCAGUUUGCUCACACGCCCAGCCCCGUGCAUGGAUAAGCAUGUGGUCUCUACUCAGCCCCCCUUUCUUACACCAGAUCCGUCAGCAUCUCUUAACUGCUGUGGCAUUAAACUGCUCUGAACUGGAGUCUCCAAACGUUAUCCCUCCUGAGCAAUAGCGAUAUAUUGACCAAGUUCUUAAAAAGAGCGCUCCCCUGGUGGUCACCGCCAUUAACUGUGGCCCACCAUUGGCAUCCAUGCCCUUGUUUGUUUAGAUUCAGCCAUUUGUCAGAAUGUGGCAGGCAUCCUUUUCCCCUGACACCCCUUUUGCUUAUGGGGUGGAUUAAAAGUUCAAUUAUACUUCCUUCCCUUCUCCCAAUGGCUGACUCCCUGUUGUCUGCUUGCAAAGGAUGUGUCGUCUGGAUGCCAGGCAGAACCCUGUGCUAGAACAUUUUUGCGUUCUAGAGCAUGGAAUGCUCACGGCACAUCCUAGAUGGUGCUUUCUCUAAGGACUGCAUGUGGAUUUAGGCAUAUCUCAGAUAUGAAAGGAGGUUUCCUUCACCAGAGUGAUAGUUCAUCAGGGAGCCUCACCACAGAUGCUAGUUCAUCAGGGAGCCUGUCUCCCUACAUCAAUGGCAUACACAUUGAUGUGUACAGUUUAUAUUUUGGUGUGGAGGGGCAACCCACUGCAGGUUUCCUUGAAGUGGAAAAGCAAAGGCUGAUGAGCCAGAACCUGGGCUGAGACCGACAACUUUUGAAUGAUACAGCCCAGCCAAGUAAUAACAGCAUACCUCUAAGCACCUGCAGAUUGUCUAUCUCUUGAACUGCAGCCCAUUUUCACACUGCAGAGAUCUGACUGUGGGUCUUUGAGGUCAGUCUUCUAGUUAUUUUUCUUCUAAUUUUUUUUGCUUGAAUUGCAACAGGAGAUUUGGCCUAAUCAGCCAUGGCUGAGAUCACCAAUCGGUUGUGACUUGCAGCCAAGACACAUGGCCAAUGCAAUUGAAGGACUGGUCCAGGCAGCCCCCAACCUGAGGCUGUCACCAUUUGCUGAAUAUUUGCCCCCCCAAAUUGCUCUAAGCAGCAGCCAAACUCUUCAUUAUCUUGUGCAUGGGGAGAGGGCAGGACUCUAGUGCUGAGAGCAGCAAGAAAAACUGCUGACACUUGAGCAAUCAAAUGAUAAAAUGUGCAUGGUGAAGCACGCGUGUGCUUGCUAAACUCUGUAUGGAUCCACUCGACCCACAUUCACAGAGCUAUAAGAGGUCGUGUGGCUUGGUGUUGCUAUGACCAUAAGUGACUUGAGGCUGAUUGGCACGUUCAGAAUAACUGCGGGUUAAAUGCUACCCCAAAGGACUGCGCCACUUUGGAAUUGCAGGUGACUUGCAUCCACAUUUUUAAAAAAACACCUCUAAUGUUCCUGAAAAACUAGAAUGCUUGGGGUCUAGUCCUUUCCAUAACAUGUUCAAUUUCUAAGUGCAGGGAUUUUUUUUUGUUCUGUGGGAACGUUCAGCCUUGAGGUUCCCCACACAAACUGAAUUGUUAUCAUCUCACGUGGGAUUCUCCACCUUCUUUUGCCGAAUGCCUAGACUGGUUCUUAGAACACCCCGUGCUGGUGCUGGCCUUAUCCAAUGACAGGUGCGGAAGAGGGUGAUGGAAUUUCUCUUCCUGGGUUGUUUGGGUGUCUUGAAUGUUUUGAUCUUUGAGCAGUCCUUUAAGGGUAGGGGGUCAAUGAGGCUCAUGGAGAGAGAGGCAUUCACCGUGGGCCAUUUGGUCCAGGCACUCCGAGAACAGCAGUUAAAACGAUGCGUGGGGUUCCCAUUCAUUUCAAAACCACCCCGGGUGUGAAGAUGCCAUGGCUAUACUUGACACCGUUGAUGGGCUGUAGAGGAAGCUGGCAGCAACCUGGGACUUUGUGCAGUCAGGGUUCCCUGGCUGAGUGGAGAGGCUAGUUCAGAGCUGCGGGAAGGAAAAGUGGAAUGGCCUGAAGCUUGCAGAGGGUCGUUUGUGCCCUCCUGCCUCUUCCAAAGGGACGUCAGUCCCAGCCUGAAGCCUGGGCCUGUGCUUCAGGACUUAGGUUCACUCUGCCUUCCCUCCCCGAUAUAUGAACGGGACAAGGCUGAGGAUUUGCUUCUGUGUCUUCAGCUAAUGAGGUCUUUGUCCAGUGCUUUGAAUGCUUCCCCCUGUGGCCUUGGACCCGGCUGAACAGGGGAUUGUUGAGGUUCGGAGUUCUCUUAGCCCCGAGACUCCGCCAUGUUUUGCAAAGUGACCGACCUGGGCAGCUCUGGCGGGUGCAAUCUCCAACCUGCCUGCCCUCCUCCUUUCCCCGACCUGUAAAUACCCCUCUGCCAACACAUUUUGUCCGUGGAACUCUGUAUGUGUUUGUACCUCGGGCAUACUUUUUUCUACCAUGCAGUAACUCUCUCUCUUUUUUUUGUUGUUUCUUGAACUCGAUUCUUAUUAUAACAGCUCCAUAUUCCAAUGCAGAAUCCAAACUAUGCGCAUGUUAAAAAAAAAAAAGAAACUUAACAAAUAAAAGGGAAGGAAUUGGACAGCGACGACAAAUAAA